AAAAAAAAAAUCAGCAGCAAGUGAAAGUUUGCAACUUGUUUUUCUUUUCCUUUUCCCUCUAAAAUCCACUUUUGCAACAUUUUGGUGUCAAUCUAUUCCUUUUCUCUUGCUAGUUUGGUUUGUGUUCUUAUGUUCAUAGAUCUUGGUUUUCUAAGUUUCUGUGGGGUGAUAUAGAAUCAUUCAAUUUGCUUUUUGUGCUUUUUGGUUCCCAUUUCAUGGAUAUGGAUGAAAUGGCUAAGAGUGAAGUACUCAAUUCCUCGUUGUGUUUUUCUAGACCUUCACUGCUUUUUGCUGUCCUAAUUCCUUCACUGCUUUGUAUUGCUGUCCUAAUUCCUUCUUUAGGUUUCAUUUGCUUUCCGAGCUUUGAGUUCUUCCCUCUCCUUCUUACAAUUUCAAUUUUGAUCCUGUCAACCAUUUUUGUCCUCACAAACACAAAUAAAAAGGUGAUUUUGGAUGAGAAACCAGUUGGGAAUCUCCUCUGUGGCCAAGAAAACCUUCUGCAUGAUGGAGAGGGAAUUAGAGGGCAGCUAGUUCAAGAAGUAGAAGAUCAAAAUGAGGUAGGGCAUGAACUGCUUCCAACUGUGGAAACUGUCACACAAACUGCCCAGCAAAGUGAAAAUGUUACAAAUUAUGACUACCAAGUUGAACAUUCAGAUGUUCCAUCAGAGAGUGAUGAACAAUCAGUGCCAAGUGAGAAUUUUGAGCUCAAUUGGAUGUGUUGUAACAAUUUGGGUCCAAAAGUUGAGAUAUCUGAUGGUUGUUCAGUCUCUGAUGAUGAUGAUGAUGAUAGCCUCAUUGAGAUCAAUCUUCCAGCAAGUGAGCCAAAGGAAAAGCUGCAGUCAAAUUUGCCAGACUCCAUUUUCAGGCAACAAGGUUUAAGAGAGCACUUGGCAGAUAUCAAUGAGGUGAAUGAGGAAGACAACUUGAUUGAGAUUGACAUUUCCAUGGGCUCUAUCAAGUGUCCAAGGUUUGAGAUUGAAGCAUGAGUUGCAAAUAAUUCAAGAGGUCAAUAAUUUUGGAUACUUUGAUCUAUGAGUUUGCAGUUAGAAACUAGGGUUAGGAUUUAGGCUAAAGUUUCACCAUCCGAAUUAUCUUCCUUAACAAAUUUAUGUUUUUUUUAUAUUGAAAAUAUAUCUUGGUAUUUAUUUGUCUUCAGUUUCAUAAGCACUGUGCUUUAAAUGAUACAUAAAGUGGCAUGGCAAAUUGGU